UCAUAGCAAUGAUGAAUCCCAGACCCACUGAGCAAGGCCAGGGAUUGAACCUGCAUGGUCAUGGAUACUAAUCGGGUUUGUUACUGCUGAGCCACAAUGGAACUCCCAAAAUAUAUAUUUGCAUAACAUGUACAUAAUUACUGGGAAACCAUUAUUUAAAUUCUUUUAAGGAACAUGUACAUGGUGACAACAAAAAUUGCAUUACACUUACUCUGGUCAGUAUUUACCUAGAACGCUUAUAUCUUUAGGACAAGUAUCUUUAUAAGAGACAUAUUUGGGGAUCAUUCAGAAACUGUUCCUAAGGAACACAAUUUUUUUUUUAAUCCAGGAAGUUGUGUGUUUUUAGAAAUACUUUAGUAUUUCCCAAACUGAGAAUUGUCCACUAAGAAUUGUGUGCUCACAAAUUUUAUUUAAUAAUUACUCAUGCUUAAAGUAUAUUUAAUACCUGAAUAUUUGAUACCUGGCAAAAUGGGAGUGCAUUUUCACCUUUCUUGCCAGUAAGGUCUUCUCAGAAGUGAGCUAUCGUGAUGUGUAAUUCUUGGGAGUGGAAGGUCAGAAUUAAGACAAUCCAGCCCAAGUCUCUUUAAUGCGUGAUUCUUUUGAAAAAAGACAAGAAAUACUUACAAACCUCCUAUCUCUGUCCCAGUUCUCUGGUUCAUGGAAGAUUGACUCUGAGCAACUGAAGUGCUUUCCUUGGGAGGAUUUCUUUGAAGCAGGUCUUUCUUUCACGUGCAAAGGAUAUUCUAGGGAGAUAACUUCCCACUGCUUGUUCAAAGCAUCCUGAUUUUGCUGGCAGGAAUAUGAACAUCUGUUGUGGGGAAAGAAAAAGUUUCAUGCAAAUUACACAGUCAAAGAAGAUUAGGGAUGUUCAAGUUGAGAAACCAGUGACAUUUCUUGUAACUGUGCAAUGAGUCAGCACGUUUUUAAUCUUCUUGAUAAUAUAUGGAAAUGCUGUGAGGGUGAGAGGGAGCGGCAUCCACCUGACGUAUCAUUACUUUAUUUUCUUGUGGGUGUGUGUGUGUGUGCGUGUGUGACUUCAUGGCAUCGACAUUUCUGUUUUUAAAUGAGGAUACAGUAAAUUGUAGUCCGUGGAAGGCUGACUGGAAUCAACACAGCCGUAGCUUUAGAAAGCAGUUUCCGCCCAGCGAAGUGCAGAGCGAUGGAACCCCAUGUUCCUGGAAGUUUGCACAUCAGAGUAAACAAACUUGAAAACCCCUCUUGAUAGCAGAAUUCACCCAGCCUUGUUCCAUUUUCUCUUAACAAAACACACCGCAAAAGCUCUCACAAGCUGCUUUGAUGAAGCCACAUGUAUUUCCCCCUUCACAAUUUACAGGAAGUUACUCUUAAAAGAAAGUGAUUCUGGUGUUUACUGCCCGUGUUAAAGGGACAGAGUUCCUUUUUGUCUCUGAUAACGCUGACGCGAAAUGCAGAAAGAAUUUAUACACGAACAUAAUCAGUAGGUGACUAAGGACAAAGCCAUCACCUGCUGUCUGGUUAGAGCCAAACUUCUGCUAUGAGCCCUGCCCACCGGCUUGGAGCCCCCAAGUUGCAGCUAAGCAGGUACUGAGUGUGUAGAUGCAGGGAGCUUUCUUAAGUCUGAAGACAAGGUGGGUACAUCUUAAACGGAGGGAAAGAGAAGCUUUUCUGUGGAAGGAUAAGGAGUUUGUUUAUAAAGCCGGCUCAGGAAGAAUGUAGAUGUUCAUUUCUCCUAUUCCCUCUGCCUUUUCACCGAGUGGCCUGAGGGCAUCUGUUAACCAGAAUUACUCUUACUCUAGGGCAAACCAAAUUCUUCAUUUUGGUUGCUGUCUUGAAAGAAUAAGCUGGUUGCUUCCAGUUCUUUUUCCAAACACCCCAGGCCUGUGGCUCUGUGAGUGGUGUCUUAGCCAACCUCCUCUCCUCUCCUUUGGCUUUGAAAGAAAGCUCAAGGCCAAAGCUGUUUAUCAAGAGGAAAAGUGACUUCUCAGUAGACUGUCAACUUUUGGCUUCUGUCCCGGUGUUCGUUUUGUUGUGGCAGGUGAAGUUCACCUUGGCCCCACCCAGUGUUUCCACAAAAAGGCAAGGUUCCAAGUAUUCAGAUGAACAAGUGUCACUGCUGGACUUGGAGGCUUGGGGGUGGAGGAUGUUUGCAUAGUUUUAGCCUUGCUCGGGCAGGCGGGGGUGUAGGAAACGGGCAAGUACAGAGGCCAUAGAAAACGUUGAGAGACUCAGUUUGACGUACUCAGUCAGGCUGGUCCAAUACCCAGUGACUCAAAGCAUUAAAAGUCAGCAUAAUCGGAACUCAAGUUAGUGGCAUCGCCUGUGAGCCAUUCACUGCGCAGUAGCAGAAAUAGUACUAGGUGGUGGUUUAAUCCUUCUGAAGGGAGCUCUUUAAACGACAUUUUGUUUCAUUCUCCCCCCCCACGCCCCCAACAUGAAAAGACACUAAAACUGAAAUGGAAAAGAUCUAUUCCAGAGGGGAGCUUCACCACUUCAUCGACGGCUUUAAUGAGGAGAAGAGCAACUGGCUGCGCUACGUGAACCCAGCACACUCUGCCCGGGAGCAGAACCUGGCCGCCUGUCAGAACGGCAUGAACAUCUACUUCUACACCAUUAAGCCCAUUCCUGCCAACCAGGAGCUUCUUGUGUGGUAUUGUCGGGACUUUGCGGAAAGGCUCCACUACCCUUAUCCUGGAGAGCUGACAAUGAUGAAUGACACACAAAUCCAGAGCCAUCCAAAGCAGCAGAGCACCGAGAAACAUGAACUUUGCCCCAGGAACGUCCCAAAGAGAGAAUACAGCGUGAAAGAAAUCCUGAAAUUGGACUCCCACCCUCCCAAAGGAAAGGACUUGUACCGCUCCAACAUUUCACCCCUGACUUCAGAAAAGGGCCCGGACGACUUCAGAAAAAACGGGAGCCCCGACAUGCCCUUCUACCCGCGGGUGGUGUACCCCAUCCGGGCCCCUCUCCCGGAAGACUUUGUGAAGGCGUCCCUGGCCUACGGGAUGGAGAGGCCCACCUACAUCACGCACUCCCCCAUCCCGUCCUCCACGCCGCCCAGCCCCUCGGCGCGCAGCAGCCCCGACCGGAGCUUGCAGAGCUGCAGCCCGCACAGCAGCCCAGGGAACGCCGUGUCGCCGCUGGCGCCCGGCGCCCAGGAGCACCGCGACUCCUACGCCUACUUGAACGCUCCGUACGGCGCCGCUGAAGGACUGGGCUCCUACCCCGGCUAUGCGCCAGCACCACACCUGCCGCCCGCCUUCAUCCCGUCCUACAACGCGCACUACCCCAAGUUCCUGCUGCCGCCCUACGGCAUGAACUGCAACAGCCUGGGCGCCGUGGGCAACAUCAACGGCCUCAACAACUUCGGCCUCUUCCCCAGGCUGUACCCGGUGUACGGCGGCCUCCUGGGAGGGGGCGGCCUGCCUCCCCCGAUGCUGGCGCCCGCCUCCCUCCCCAGCUCGCUGCCGUCGGAGGGGACGCGCCGGCUGCUGCAGCCCGAGCACCCCCGGGAAGUGCUGGUGCCCGCCCCGUCGCACAGCGCCUUCUCCCUGCCCGGGGCGGCCGCCAGCCUGAAGGACAAGGCCUGCAGCCCCACCAGCGGGUCCCCGACGGCCGGCACCGCGGCCACGGCCGAACACGUGGUGCAGCCCAAAGCUACCUCAGCGGCCGCGGCCGCUCCCGGCGGCGGCAACGACGAGGCCGUGAAUCUCAUCAAGAACAAAAGGAACAUGACCGGCUACAAGACGCUCCCCUACCCGCUGAAGAAGCAGAACGGCAAGAUCAAGUAUGAGUGCAACGUCUGUGCCAAGACCUUUGGCCAGCUCUCAAAUCUGAAGGUCCACCUCCGGGUGCACAGUGGAGAACGGCCUUUCAAAUGCCAGACUUGCAACAAGGGUUUCACGCAGCUCGCCCACCUGCAGAAACACUACCUGGUACACACGGGAGAGAAGCCACAUGAAUGCCAGGUUUGCCACAAGCGAUUUAGCAGCACCAGCAAUCUCAAGACCCACCUGCGACUCCACUCGGGAGAGAAACCUUACCAGUGCAAGGUGUGCCCCGCCAAGUUCACCCAGUUUGUGCACCUGAAACUCCACAAGCGCCUACACACCCGGGAGCGGCCCCACAAGUGCGCCCACUGCCACAAGAGCUACAUCCACCUCUGCAGCCUCAAGGUCCAUCUGAAGGGGCACUGUCCUGCGGCCCCGGCCACUGGGCUGCCUCUGGAGGACCUGACCAGAAUCAAUGAAGAAAUCGAGAAGUUUGACAUCAGCGACAAUGCUGACCGGCUGGAGGACAUGGAGGACAACAUCGAUGUGACUUCAGUGGUGGAAAAGGAAAUUCUGGCCGUGGUCAGAAAAGAGAAAGAAGAAACUGGCCUGAAAGUGUCUUUGCAAAGAAACGUGGGGAAUGGACUGCUCUCAGGGUGUAGCCUCUAUGAGUCAACAGACCCGUCCCUCCUGAAGUUGCCUCACAGCAACCCACUACCUCUAGGACCUGUAAAGGUCAAACAAGAAACAGUCGAACCAAUGGAUCCUUAAGAUUUUCAGAAAACAAAAGGUGUUUUGUCUUGUUUCUUAACUUAUGACUUGGCGAGUCAGGGUGGCUGUAACAAAUGCUUGUACAUAAUUCCAGUUCUGCAAAGCUCUCCUGACGGCACAUGGUUUCCCCUCACCUCUCUGGAAUUAAAGAAGGAGCCCCAAAGUUACUGAAAUCUCAGGGUAUAAAUGAGGCAAAGACAAUAUAUAUAUACAUAUUAUAUAUACUUAUUUACACCCCAUCUAUAUAUUUGAACCUGUGUAUUUUGAAUAUUUGUGUGGAUAUGUUUGCAUAGCCUUCCCAUUGCUAAGACUAUUGCCUAGCCAUAAUUAUUUUUUCAAUGAUAAUCCUUCAUAAUUUAUUAUACAAUUUAUCAUUCAAAAAGCAAUAAUUAAAAAAAAGUUUACAAUGACUGGAAGAAUUCCUUGUAAUUUGAGUUAAAUGUUGUAUUUUUGUCUGGUGGCCAUUCUUUGUAGAUAAUUUCUGCACAUCUGUUUUAAGUACCUAAGUUCUAGUAAACAAACAUUACUUCAGUCAACCUCCCUCUAUAAUAAUGGUUUGGAAAUGAAGUUUUGGUAUUGCCAAAGUUAGGCAGUUGAUGUGUUCAUUCAUAGGAUUGUAUCAUUUGAACAGCAUUGUAUAACUUGGGGGGUAUGUGUGCAGAACUAUCCAGUAAUAACUUCAGUAGAAGAAAUGAAAGAGAAUCUUGUAUGUUUCUGUAGAUAGCUCAGAUUCCCCCCCCACACACCCCAGCCACAGAUUUACCAGAAAGGUGACAAGAACGCUUUGCCAAUCUGUCUCCCUCCAAAAAAAACAAUCAGGGUCACCCCACCCCAAAGUCAUGUGACCAUUCAGAGUGGCCAGGAAACUUUUACAUCCCAGAGCUUUAUCUGAAAAUGUGAAGAAGACAAAAUACCACAUUUAAAACCACUGCAAAACAUUCCAAAAGCACAGGUAGUUUUGUAUGUGUGAGGUCUUGGGGCAUGACAUGAGUCUGGGUGUUUUUUUUGUUGGUCUUUUUUGUUGUUAUGUCACAAUGGCACAAACAUGGUGCUCUACCAGGAAGGAUUGGAGUUAGUCAGGCUCAGGCCACCCUUUUUAAAAAAAAAAAAAAGCCCCAAACCGGAAAACGGGUAUUCUCAUUGUCUUAGGGUCAAAGCGGGUAAUGAACAUUCCUAUCCCCGACACAUCAAUUGUAUUUUUUUUCUGUACAACUCAGACUUUCCUCAGUAUUUGUGUUUUUACAUUUUAUGGUUAACUUAAUUGAAGAAGAAAGGGCAUUGCAAAGUUGCAACAACAAUUACCUCAUUGAGUGUGUCCAGUAGUGGAGGAAGUGAUGGCUUCUCUAAUUUGCUACCAGAGGAGAAAGCUAGUGUGCGCCAGAAAGCUAGAAUGCAUGCCAUUCUGUCUCCUCUGCUAAGCCCAAGAUGACUUGUCGGCAUUCAAGGUGUAGGGGAGAACGAUGUAUAUUUAUAAAUCUAUUUAUACCACUAUUCCAUGUGUAUAUAUAAUAUAUUUAUAACCACUUCAAUUGUGAGCCAAACCAUGUAAAAGAUCCUACUUUUUUUCCUAACGGCCAAAAAAAAAAAAAAAAAAAAAAAACCUUUCUAAGACUUUGCUUAAUUAGCACUCAAUGACCUCGCAAUCACAUUGGUGAGCCUGGGCACCCCCUUCUCUUGUAAGAGACCCUAAAUCCUUGGAACAAAGGUGGAGACCGAGUAACAAGCAGGGAGAAAGAGAGACAUCACUUUUUUACUAUUAAAGGACAAUCCAAGAUGGCUUUAUUUAAUUUUGGGGUGGGGGCCACAUUCUGACAAUGUGGUCAAACCCAAGUCCCAGAAAUAAAAAUCAUAUUGUCCACUGUAACUUUUCCCUCUGGUUGUUUGUCUCCCUCCUUUCUGAGUAACUGAUCCUGCAGAAGAGAAUCCUGCAGAUUGAGGGUAAUCCAGGGAACACCAAGAGCCUUACUGAUCUGUUCCUUUGAUGAAACUGACAAUUUUGUAUGUCUCAGUGUUUGACAAAAACAGUCCUUAAUCGCAGGUAAACCAAAGCAUCAGAGACACCAAAUACUUUCUAUUCCCAACCACUCAUUUGUUCUCUUUUCCCUUUGAGCUUUCUCCUACAUGGGGAUUUUUUACCGAGACCUGACCAGUGGCUUGAGACUGCUUGAUUCUCUUUAUCAUCUGACUUUCCCUCUGAGGCCUCUUACAUGUGAAUGUUGAGCCCACAAUCAGCAGUGGUUUUAUUAUUUUUUCCUUCUACUCAAAGUUAAAACUGACCAAAGUUAUUGGCUUUUUACUUUGCUAGAACAACAAAUUAUCUUAUGUUUACGUACUGGUUUACAUUGUUAUUUAUGUGCAAAUUGUCAAAAUGUAAAUUAAAUAUAAAUGUUCAUGCUUUA